GCAACGCGACUCCGCGAGGGUCCGUGUCGCGUCCGUUCGCUAGACCCAAUUGCGUUUCUCUCUCUCUCAUUUUCUUUUAGCGUCAUGUCUGAUGAUAAACGCGUCGUUUAUCUAGAAGACGUCGAAACAGCAGUGCUGUCGACUGCGGAUACUAAAAAUAUAACUGUUACGCCUAGUUCAUCGCAAGAUGGCUCAGUCAAGGCCACAGUGACGACGCAGGCAACAGGCACGCUCAAAAGGCAGCGCACCCUUAUGGAUAUGAUUUCUGGACCACAGAAUUCCAAAAGUGCAGAACCAGCGACUAAGAAGCUGAAGUCGUCGUCAAGCUCCGGCUCUGCCAAAAUUGCCGUGGUCGGAGUCAACGUUCAGCGCUUGAAUGCGAUACCUUUCUCCUUGUCUCAAUACAUGGAAUCUAUUCCGGAAGAUCACAGACAUUUGCUAAAGCUAGAAACCGAAUGCAUGGGCAAGAGUUGGUUGAAACUUCUAAAGGAAGAGAUCAAAAAACCAUAUUUUAUUUCCCUCAAGAAGUUCCUGUGGGAGGAAGGGGUCCAUGGGCCUGAAGAUAGCGUUAAAUCUCUCAAAGUAUACCCUUCACCAAAAAAUAUUUAUGCGUGGUCCAACACGCCUCUUGGAAAGGUGAAGGUCGUAAUCAUUGGCCAGGACCCCUACCACGGUCCGAAUCAAGCCCAUGGCCUCUGUUUCUCCGUCCCCAAGGGCGUCACUGUGCCACCUUCUUUGAGAAACAUCUAUGCUGAGAUUAAAGCCGAGUGCCCGGAGUUCGAACCUCCUAAGCAUGGUAAUCUAACGGCGUGGGCUGAGAACGGUGUCCUCAUGUUAAACACCUGCCUCACUGUGAAGGCAAACCAAGCAGGAUCCCAUUCCGGCAAGGGCUGGGAAGAAUUUACUGACAAGGUCGUCGACGUGGUUGACAAGUAUGGCGGUGCCAAUCUUUCGUCCGGCGGUGAUUCCGACAUGAACGGGAUUGGGCGCGGUGUGGUAUUCUUGGCUUGGGGGUCAUGGGCCGCAAAGCGGGUGGCCAAACUUAACAAGACAAAACACUUGAUUCUUACUAGUGCCCACCCUUCGCCCUUCAGUGCUCACAAAGGCUUUCUGGGCAACGGUCAUUUCGAGGCUGCGAAUAACUGGCUCGAGAAGAAAUAUGGACCUGGCGGCAGAGUCGACUGGUGCAAUCUGGACUAAUUGAACUAAUCAGUGCGCAUACGAUACCACACUUGUUAAUAUACCUACAGGACACUGCCUGUACAUAUUGUAUACACCGCGUAGUUUUCGCUAGUGGGUCUCAAAUUGUUGGC